ACGCUGCUAAUAGUUCUUGUUCAGAUUUCAAAUACAGGACUUUGAACUGCAUCCAUCCAACGAACUACAAUCCACUUUUUGAACAACCAGUACCUAAGUGUACUCUACUUUUAGUCAGCUCUGAAGUUCCGCCAUCAUCACCAUGGACAGCACCUUUGACACCCUGGACGUAUCUGGCUUUCUGGAAAUCUGGCAAAACUUUGAUGCUGAUGAUAAUGGUUACAUUGAAGGGAAAGAGCUGGAUUCAUUUUUUCGCCAGCUGUUGAUGAAACUGAGUGCCGGUAAUGAAGACAAAAUAACCGAAGAGAUGGUUCAAAAGCUGAAAAAGAGAUUCAUGUCAGUCUACGAUGCCACUGCAGACGGACGACUAGAAAUUCAAGAGUUUGCAAAUAUGAUGCUACCAGAAGAUGAAAACUUCCUGCUGCUUUUCAGACGGGAGACGCCACUUGAUAACAGCGUAGAGUUUAUGAGGAUUUGGCGCAAAUAUGAUGCUGACAGUAGUGGGUUUAUUUCAGCUUUAGAGCUCAAGAGUUUCCUGCAGGAUCUGUUCCUACAGCACAAGAAAGUAAUUUCACCCAGCAAGUUGGACGAGUAUACUGACGCAAUGAUGAAAAUCUUUGACAAAAAUAAGGAUGGACGCUUGGACUUAAAUGAUUUAGCAAGAAUACUGGCUCUACAAGAAAACUUCCUCCUGCAGUUUAAAAUGGAUGCCUGUACUAAGGAGGAUUGGAAACAGGACUUUGAGAAAAUGUUUGCGCACUAUGAUGUUAGUAAGACAGGUGCCUUAGAAGGACCAGAAGUAGAUGGAUUUGUUAAAGACAUAAUGGAAUUAGUAAAGCCUAGCAUCAGUGGAACUGAUUUGGAUAAGUUUCGCCAGGUACUGCUCCGUCACUGCGAUGUAAACAAGGAUGGUAAAAUCCAGAAGAACGAGUUGGCGCUCUGCUUAGGAUUGAAAGCAAACCCAUAAAUGUGACUUGCUAGAUUCAAGACUAUUAUUGUGACACAGUGGAGCAAUAAUCUGUGCUGCAUGGUGUACUGUAUGGUGAAACUUUUGAUAUGGUCUUGCAGCCAGUAGUUUUAAAGAUGAUGAUCAACACUGUUGAAUGUGUGGUAGUUUCCGAGGUGUAUAAAGAAACUUGAGUAACCACGAGUGGAGGCUGAGAAAAGGCUGUGUAACCAAAAUGUGGCUAUUUUUGAGGCAGGGUCUGAAUUGGAUAACUGUUGCAAAUGUAAAACUCUGUUAUUCUUUCACUAUAUUUAAUCAGGCCAAACAACUAUUUCUGCAUCUGCUUUAUCUGAAUAAACAAAAAAGGUGUCACAAAAAAAUGCUA